AUGCUGACCCUUGGUGAGUAUCAGCUAGAAGUCGUUCAAAAAUUCAACUACCUGGGAAGUUGUAUCAGCGCGCGUGGAAUUGAAUAUGAGAUCACGAACCGUACAGCAAAAGCUCGAGGCGCUUUUUCUAACCUUCGUCGCUUAUGGUGGCUGCGCGACAUAACUGUCAUUCUGAAAGGUAGAAUGUACAGUGCAGCGUUCGCCGACACACCAAGCGAAGCAACCUUUACGCAUUCAUUGUUGCACCAGGAACACUGCACGCCUUCUUCGUCAGCGCACCAGCAUUCACACCACUCUAGUUCAGUAGAAGCUCUACCCGUGUCAUCUGUCGGCUCUUUUUCUUCUAACAGACCACAUCACUCGUUAACUGUGGAUAAUAGGCGGGUUUCAUUCAGCAUUCCGGGUCAAACGGAAUUGUCCGGUAUAGGAACCUCCUCACAGUCUCGCGAAUCGGAUAACUCAGUUUACUUGUCUGGCAUCUCUCGUUCGGAAUCUGUCCCUGGUCCAUCUACUUCACAUACUAAAACCAGGAAAGCGACUAGCAACACAUCUAGCCUGCACGUUCUUACUAGUCCACCUCCAACCGAACAUCGUGAAAAAAGGACUGUUUCCAAGAAGCAUCGACCGAACAGCCCACAGGAGUCUUUCGUGAAUUACAACGUAGCUAGCGACUUUGGAGCCCUGUCGGAAAUCCUUACUAGUUCGGGACCCGGAACUUCGGUGGCCAAGAAAAGGCGUCGAGAUCGCCAGAAUCCGUUAUCGCGCUCACCCGGGAUUUCCUGUUUGUGUCUAACGGACAAGGAGUCAUUCUUGUGUCCUGCUCCAUUUAGCAUUGAUCUUACACUCCGUUCAGCCCACAUCGCCCCAGUCGUCUCGGACAGUGGCACUACUUUUGCAGGAAGCAUGCUCUCCGGUGGCGUCGGGUCGAACAGCUCAAAAACGCAAUCCCAGGCUUGUACAGUUUCAAGCACUCAUCAUGACCUUCGGCCAAGACAUCACAAUGUUCCUUGUGUACCGACGCCUUGUUCACUCCCUUGCGGCGUUCGUCAAACUCCUUCCGUUACCGCUGAACUACCCCACCCGGCACAAAGUGAACUGAUGCCGCAGCGCCACGUGUUCACCGCUCCCGGCGACGUACCCUGUGCACGGGUCCCCAGUGAACACGUAUCGACAGCGGCCCUCCAUCACAGCCAGCAACCUUGCACUUCGACAGAUCGCAAGCGGUGCACUGGCCAUUCCGCUCAUCCACUCGCUUCCUGCUCCCUCAAUCCUUCUGUUCCGAUCACACUGGCAGAUCCGUUUUCGUAUGUGCCGCCCAAUUCCGUUGAUCUCUCUUACUUGCCAACCCCGGAGAAUGGUGAGUACACUUUGACACUGAAUUCCUCUGCGUUAAAUUACUCAGACGAGCUUUUCUGA